AUGUUUCCAAUUCGAGUAAUUUCAUUUAUCAUCUUUGUCCUCAUGCUUCCAUUUGUUCUAGGGACGAAUGUCAAGAAAGCAAUCUCAAAGACAAGUGAGCACGAUGUGAUCGCUACUUCUGAUCAACAAGAAGACCCGUCUAAGCAAAUUUCUGCCACCCCAAAUGCGAAGUCGAAGAGGGCAUGGAAGACUCGAGUACGAAAGGUGCAAAAGUAUAAAAAUCUUGAAGAAAGGCAUGAUGCAAUACGAAGGAUUGAUAGCAAGUAUCGAAAACAGUUUACGAGGGAAGGAAUCGAGAAAGCAAAAGAGACACUGAGAGGCGACGAGUUAUACACUUUCUUGAGAAGAGCAAAACGUUUUAAGGAGUCAAGAGUAACAAGCACCCAAAAGGCAAAGAGAGCAAGAAAAGCGGAGAAAGAUGCAGAUACCUACAAACCAAUUCCGUCUGCGGUGCAGGCUAUUGACAUACGAGCAGCCAAUGCGGCAGCAUUAUCGCAAUUACCAAGAAGACCAAGCUUCGUGCAAAAAUCAGACCAAGAACCCUCGCUUUCCGGAAAACAAGGUCCCUCUGCCGGUAUGAAAGAUCAACAGUAG